AUGCCUAAAAAUAAACCGAAAAUAUCCUGCGAAGCGCUCAAACAAAGAAAAAUGAAGCGUACACGCGAAGGAAGCUCACAAACAGACGAGGAUGUCUUCGAGGACGACAGCCAUGACUGCCCAAAAUGCAAGUCAACAAAUACUCGUCUCGCUGAAAUUGAUGAGAAGCUUGAAAGACUAUUAAAGUUAACAGAGGAAUUUGAAACCAACAAGAGCCGAGUUAAAUCCCUCGAAGAUGAACAGAAAAGCAUGCAAGAAAGCCUCGGAAGUUAGAUAACAUUGCUGAACAACAGAAGACAGUCAUCUAGAAAUUUUUAGCGGUCCUCAAGUAAUAGAAAAUUCUAGGCAAUACUUGCUUCUCCGAACAGAUAUUUUACAGAAAACAGUGGUUAGGUGCCCCUGAGAAGACCACUGAAGCUUCACUUCAACGCGUCUAA